AUGAACACCAUAAGGUGCAUCUUAAUUUCCCUUGUGGUUUUCACCACAACGGCCGCUUGCGCUGCGUCAGACGACGAGGUAUGGAAGCAACGCGCGGAGGAAGCCAAACUAGCCGCUCGCCGAGCCUACCAACCCGACCCGUUGCUCGUCUCGAAUAAUCUCAACAAGCAUAUUCAAAGGUCUAUAUUGGAAGGCAACUACACCUCAAGGAGAGCACUAUCCGGGAUUUCCACCGUUGGAUGCCAAGCCACAAACCCCAUCGACCAAUGUUGGCGGUGCCAGAGGAAUUGGGCCAAGAACCGUCGGAGACUGGCCGACUGCGCCCUAGGGUUCGGCCGCCACACCACCGGAGGCAAGGCAGGCCGCACUUACGUUGUGACCGACCCUUCCGACAACGACCUCCUCAACCCUAAGAAGGGUACCUUGAGGCACGCGGUCAUCCAACCGGAGCCCCUGUGGAUCGUGUUCGCCCGUAGCAUGGUCAUCCGUCUCUCGCAGGAGCUCAUCAUGACUAGCAACAAGACGAUCGACGGGCGUGGAGCCCAGGUGCACAUCACGGGCGGGGCCGGCCUCACGCUACAAUUCAUACACAACGUCAUCAUACACAACAUACGGAUCCACGACAUCAAGUCGGGCAACGGGGGAUUAAUCCGGGACUCAAUUGACCACUAUGGGUAUCGAUCGAGGAGCGAUGGGGACGGCAUAUCUAUGUUCGGGGCCACCAACAUAUGGAUCGAUCACGUGUCACUAUCAAAAUGCACCGAUGGCUUGAUCGACGCAAUCGAAGCCUCCACAGCCAUCACGGUUUCCAAUUGCCAUUUUGCGCAACACAACGAGGUUAUGUUGUUCGGAGCUAGCGACAGCUACUCGGAUGACCAAAUCAUGCAAAUAACCCUAGCGUUCAACCAUUUCGGAAAGGGGCUCGUGCAGAGGAUGCCUCGGGUGAGGUGGGGCUUCGUGCACGUGGUCAACAACGACUACACUCGGUGGCUCAUGUACGCCAUCGGUGGUAGCCAACACCCGAACAUACUUAGCCAGGGCAACAGUUUCACGGCCCCCGACAAUGCAUUUGCCAAAGAGGUUACGAAGAGAGAUUAUGCGCCCGAGAGCGUAUGGAAGAAUUGGGCUUGGAAAUCGGAGGGAGAUGUGAUGAAAAAUGGGGCGUUUUUCGUAGAAUCUGGCGACCGAAGCCACAAAUUCGCACAAGGCGGGGAUAUGAUCCCACCUAAGCCCGGGAGCUUUGUGCCUUUGCUCACCAAAUUCGCAGGCCCUUUGCAUUGUGUCCCCAGAAAACCUUGUUAA